CCCACAAUUCUGAAACAAUUGCAAUGCCCCCGAAAUCCCUAUUUUCUCCCUCCCAACCCAAAUCUUCUUGUAUACGCGUGUUUGUCCUCCGUCUCCUCUUCGCCCUUCUUUGACUGAUCCAAAGCCGGCGAACGGCGUCUCCUACCUGCCUUCUCCACCCCCCAACUCCCCCCACAUAAAUCAAACCCCUCCCAAAUCCCCCCUUUCCCAAUCCCUCUUCCCCCCCUUCUCUAUUUAUUCCAUUCUAAUCGCAAUUCUAGAAUUGUAACAAUAAUCCCCAUGAUAAUCCCGGCUAAUCCCUUCUCCGUAGUCCUGGCCGCUGUCUGCGGUCUGGCGAUCCUGCGGACCAUCCUUUCGGCGAGGGCGCUGCUAUACCACCUGGGGCGGUGGUGGCGGUGGGUGGACGAGCGCGUGCAGGCGUAUCAGUACUUCGAGAUCCCGCGGUACAACGAAAACUCCCAGGAGAACCCCCUCUACCGGAAGGUGGCCAACUAUGUAGCCUCCCUCCCCUCCCUCGAGGACGCCGCCGCCGCAACCCUCUUCUCCUCCGGCCGCAAGCCCAACGACUUCCUCCUCCACCUCGGCCCUGGCCAGUCCGCUUCCGACUCCUUCCUCGGCGCUCGCGUCACCUGGUCCAACCGUCCUCCCGGCGGCGCCACAGCCGCCGGCGGCGGGUGCCUCGUUCUCCGUGUCCGCCGCCAGGACCGCACCCGGGUUCUUCGCCCCUAUCUUCAACAUGUUGAGUCCGUCGCCGAGGACAUCGAGAUCCGGCGGAGGGAGGUCCGGCUGUUUACGUACGCCGGCGGCAGCGGGGAGGGGCCUCGGUGGAGGUCGGUGCCGUUCACCCACCCGUCAACGCUAGACACGGUGGCGAUGGACCCGGAUCUGAAAACCCGAGUGCGGGCGGAUUUGGAGGCGUUUCUUAAAGGCCGGGCAUAUUACCACCGCCUCGGCCGGGUGUGGCGGCGGAGCUAUCUGCUCUAUGGCCCGCCGGGGACCGGAAAGUCCACCUUCGUGGCUGCCAUGGCCAAGUUCCUUUCCUACGACAUCUACGACGUGGACCUCUCCGGGCUCGCCGCCGACGGGGCCGUCCUCCGGUCGCUCCUCCUCCAGACGACCCCGCGGUCGGUGAUUCUCGUGGAAGACCUCGACCGGUAUCUUAACGGGAAAGAGAGCGAGUCGUCGGCGGCUAGGCUGACGGAGAUGCUGAGCUUCAUGGAUGGAGUCUUCUCGUGCUGCGGGGAGGAGAGGGUGAUGGUGUUCACGAUGAGCGGCGGCGAGGGGGCGAAGGAGGGGUUGGACCCGGCGGUGCUGCGGCCGGGGAGGCUGGACGUCCACAUCCACUUCCCGAUGUGCGAUUUCUCGGCAUUCAAGACGCUGGCGAGCAGCUACCUGGGGCUCAAAGACCACAAGCUGUACCCCCAGGUGGAGGAGGGCUUCCAGAACGGGGCUCAGCUGAGCCCCGCCGUGGUCAGCGAGAUCAUGAUCGCCAACCGGGGCUCGCCGACCCGGGCGAUCAAGUCGGUGAUCAGUGCAUUGCAGCAGUCGGCAGAUGGCGGGAGAGUUGGAGCUGCUGCGGCGAGGAAGCUGAGCGAGAGCGGGUCCGGGCGGCGGACUGAUGAGUCCAGGGGCGAGUGGAGCAGCGGCGGGGGGUUGGGCUUCGGGAAGGAUUCGAUGACGAUGAGGGAGUUUCGGAAGCUGUAUGGUUUCAUCAAGAUGAGGAGUGGGAGCAAGAAGGAAGGGGUGAUGCCAGUAGAGGAGGCCGCCGCCGCCGCCGCCGCCGCCGCCGCCGCUACUCCGUCAGAUAAGGAUUAAUUCGCACUGAACUACAGGAGGAGUUAUUAUUUCGUAACUUAAAGCCAGGAAGAUUUUAGAUGCUUUGUUUUUCCUUUUUCUUUGUUUCUUUUUUUUUCCUCUCUCUCCAAACUCCAGGUAAUGGAAUCUUAUCUGGAUUUUAGUUUUUUUUUUUUAAUUAUGGGAAGGGGAAACGGGGAUCAAUCAAGGUGUAGAAUGUCGAAAGAAAUGGUCAUGUAAUCUGUGAAAGUGUAAAUGACACACUGUUGUCCUUUUGUAGCUUGAAGAUGAUAGCCCAAGACCAUGCUUUAUUCUUGGAAUACUUAUUGUUUGAAAACAAAAAAUAUUGGAAAAUUUUAUUGUUGUC